AGGAUAUUGGGACUGGAAAGCAUUCAGUCCCAGACUCCUCCUCAUUUCUAUUCCCAGGAUUUUACACAUUUUCCGCAGGGGAAUCACGCACUAGUCAGAAGAUCAGAGGAGCUCUUUCCAUCCUAACGGUAUCCUGUGGGGAAAGGAACCCCAGCGUCCAGAGACCAUAAUAGGUCCUCCAUUCUGAGACCUUGCCGGACAACAGGAGCAAGAAAAAGCAGGAGCUGUCCAGCGCUAAGAAACACGAAAGGUGACCAUGGCUAAGGAGUGGGGCUACGCCAGCCACAAUGGUCCCGAGCACUGGCAUGAACUUUAUCCAAUUGCCAAAGGGGACAAUCAGUCCCCCAUUGAACUGCAUACUAAAGACAUCAAGCAUGAUCCUUCUCUGCAGCCCUGGUCAGCAUCUUAUGAUCCUGGCUCUGCUAAGACCAUCCUGAACAACGGGAAGACCUGCAGAGUUGUGUUUGAUGAUACUUACGACAGGUCCAUGCUGAGGGGUGGUCCUCUCUCUGGACCCUACCGACUUCGCCAAUUCCAUCUUCACUGGGGCUCCUCUGAUGAUCAUGGCUCUGAGCACACAGUGGAUGGAGUGAAGUAUGCUGCUGAGCUUCACCUGGUUCACUGGAAUCCAAAGUAUAACACCUUCGGAGAGGCUCUGAAGCAGCCUGAUGGAGUUGCUGUGAUUGGUAUUUUUCUGAAGAUAGGACGGGAGAAAGGCGAGUUCCAGAUUUUCCUUGAUGCCCUGGACAAAAUAAAGACUAAGGGCAAGGAGGCUCCUUUUACGCACUUCGACCCAUCGUGCCUGUUCCCUGCUUGCCGGGACUAUUGGACCUACCAUGGCUCCUUCACCACGCCACCCUGCGAGGAGUGCAUUGUGUGGCUGCUGCUGAAGGAGCCCAUGACUGUGAGCUCAGACCAGAUGGCCAAGCUGCGCAGCCUAUUUGCCAGUGCAGAGAAUGAGCCCCCGGUGCCUCUGGUGGGGAAUUGGCGCCCUCCUCAGCCGGUCAAGGGCAGAGUAGUGAAGGCUUCCUUCAAGUAAGGCUCUGAGCUUGCCCUCUUCAAGAAAGCAAUUCUGCCACUGAAGAACCUGUUUGACUCCUCCUGGUGCUCCCUGCUCUAAGCUAUUCUACAGUACCCAGAGGAAGAAGAGAAGCAAUCACAUGAAACUGCAGUACCUUUUGACACGAUCUAACCCAAAAGCAUGAAUUUCAUACCUAACCUUUCUAAUAACCACCUUUUCUAAAAAAACCUUAGUAUUUCUAGUAUUAAUUCAGUGAAGAAGAAAUAUAUGAAAUAGUGGUUUAUUGAGAACACUAAAUUUCUCAGAAUCACAGCACUCAAAAUUUUCAGGCUGAGUUACUGAUACUACAGAAAUGAUGGGUCUGUUCUAUGUAUGUGGGCACGGAGGAGUAUGCCAAUCUUACCACAUUUAAGUGAAAGUACAAAUUAAGAUCAUUGUAGAUUUCAAACACUGAUUUCAUAAUGUGUUUUAUCUCAAAUAAUACCAGCUAUACUCCAUCACUUGUUAAAAAUUUUGCCUACUACCAAAUUGCUUUAAUUACCUAUAAAACACACGCAUAAGGUCAGGUGUUUUAAAAUGUUUGAUCCAACAUUUAAAUUUCUUCUUCAUAAAGAUGAUUUUCUUUACCCAAAGUAGGGCCAUUUAUUUUUUAUUUCAUGACUUUAAUCUUUGCAUGCCUAUUAAAAACAAAACAAGAUCAAAAAACAAAAAAACAAAAAAACAAAAAAAACAAAAAAACCCUGUCUGGUGAUUUUAAGUUGGAGGCUGAAUGACUGUUUCCUGGAACAGGAAGGAGGGAAUGUCAACACUGAAGCAGGGAGUUUGUAACGAUUACAGAAACAAUAAAGACAAGAUGCAAAUGAAAAGAGUGGAUUUCUUCAUAAAUUGAAAAUGUAGAGUAAGUCAUUUGUUUUAAGGCAACAUAUGAAGUGACAGAUUUCACUGUGGCAUUUUCAUGCGUGUUAGUUAUAAUUCUUCCCUCUUUCAUUGCCCUCUCCCUGUGACAGCUGUCCCCCAACAGUCCCCUCCUCUGCUUUAAUGUCACAGGAAUUUCAUUGUCCUUCUCCUUUAAGAUGUAUCUUCCUCCCCUUUGUGAUCCCUUUUCUAGUUUUUCGACCCCCUCUAUGUCUACACACAGACAAUUUUAAUCCUAAAUGUUAUAUAUGAAAGAAGAUAUUCAGUAUUUGUCUUUCUGCGUCUGGCUUAUUUUCUGUAAUAGGAUUGUGUUGCAUGUGUACAAUUAAUGGAAAAGCAGUAUAAAUGAGAAAAUGAAAGCCAGAGAGAAAACUUC